AUGUGCCACUUUCAGGUCUCCUCACACACUGCUGGUGUGUUCAAUUUUUUGACAUAGGGUGCUGGCAGAUUACGGGCCUCCCAUAGCUGCUGCCAGGCCCCUAAUCUGCCAUGGGCCCCUAUAUACCGCCUCCUCAUGCUGCUGCCAAGUCCAGAGUCUCUCAUGGGUCCCUGUACGGCCUCCCAUUGCUGCUGUCUCCAUCGCCACACUCUGCCAUGUGCCACUUUCAGGUCUCCUCACACUCCUGCUGGUUUCCAUUUUGUCAUAGGUUGCUGUAUGGCCUCCCAUUGCUGCUGCCUCCACCGCCACACUGUGGCUCCAAACACUGGUUUUGGCCCCGUGACUGGCCAAAUGAGUGAAGUGUGCGGUGAUUCUAAGAUCGACGGCACUCAUCUGCAUGUCAUACUGACUGACAGUAUUAUUUCUCUUCCCCAGCAGACUCCAAGGGCAUUUAAAUUAAAGGUACAGUGUUCUGCACUAAUAUUA